AUGGAGUAUAUUGUUGACCGAAAUAAAAUUAUUAACUGCCCACCACCAACGCAGCACCCUGUUGAAGCUUUCUUAGCAGGGAUAGCUCCAGCUGUAAAAAAAUUAUCCGCACAAGAGUGGCAUUUCGCCAAAGCUGAAAUAUUUGCUACUAUCCAAAAAUUCGAAUUUAAUAUGUUGAACAAACAACAACAAUUUCCUUGCACAGGUCCUAAUGAAACGUGUUCGACUGGACAACCUUCUCCUUGGGAUGGCAAACAAUCAACCUUUUCAUGGAAAGGCCAACAAUCAUCUACUAGUCAAAGUGAGGAGAAUGAAGCAAUCCACUUAACAUUGAGGGAGUAUUUCCAAACCCUGCCUUAG